AUGUCUGGACACAAGCAAGGUGACCCGGACUGUCAGUACCUCACGCCGCAACACCAAGAAGCCGAAAUUCAGUCACCAUCGGCUGAAGAUGUCAUUGAAGAAAGCUUCCGACUGUACGUUGAGAAGGAGCCAGCGGCAGAACCAUCGCCCAGCACUUCCGGCAACAACGAGGGUUGCCAUAACACUGAGGCCAGCCAAAGUACUUCCGAGGUACCAGCUGAUCAGCGUGGUAACCCGACGACACAACCGCAGCCGAAACGCGACAACAAGAAGGGCCGCAGACGACUUAGGGACGCCAGCCGGCAGCAGGAGGGACACAACGAGCGGGAAGCCUUAACGAGGCUGAUGAAGGAGGCACGGAGGCGUGCGGUAACACCCAGCACACCGAGGAAGAGAGGGCUGAGUAGGACCAGCGAUUCCAGCCCUCCCACAUCGCAGAAGAAGCCGAAAGGCGACAACAAGAAGGGCCGCAGACGACUUAGGGACGCCAGCCGGCAGCAGGAGGGACACAACGAGCGGGAAGACGCCUUAACGAGGCUGAUGAAGGAGGCACGGAGGCGUGUGGUAACACCCAGCACACCGAGGAAGAGAGGGCUGAGUAGGACCAGCGAUUCCAGCCCUCCCACAUCGCAGAAGAAGGCCGGACGUGGAACAGCUGUGGAUGGCGAUAACAACACAUAA